GUAAAACUCCACAAACCAAACAUUGACACUUUCUCUGUCUUAAAAUGGCACAAACAACUCCAAACCACACACAAACAGUUACAGGUUGGGCUGCUCAUGAACAAUCCGGCAAGGUUACACCUUACACUUUCAAAAGAAGAGAAAAUGGCAUAAAUGACAUAACAAUUGAAGUACUCUAUUGUGGGAUCUGUCAUACUGAUCUUCAUUACAUUAACAAUGAUUGGGGCAUCACAAUGUAUCCUGUCGUUCCUGGCCAUGAGAUAACAGGGGUGGUCACAAAAAUUGGAAGCAAUGUUAAGAAUUUCAUUGUUGGUGACAAAGUUGGAGUCGGAUGUCCUGCUGCGUCCUGUUUGGAAUGCGAAUUUUGUACCACUGAUAGAGAAAAUUACUGUGAUCAGAUCCAGUUUACCUAUAAUGGUAUCUUUUGGGAUGGAAGUAUAACCUAUGGUGGAUACUCCACUAUGCUAGUUGCAGAUCACAGAUAUGUGGUGAAAGUGCCGGAAAAUUUACCGAUGGAUGCGGCGGCGCCGCUAUUAUGCGCCGGAAUAACGGUUUACAGUCCGUUUAAAGACAGUGGAUUGCUUGAUUCGCCGGGGAAGAAGAUCGGAGUAAUUGGAUUGGGUGGAUUAGGACACGUGGCAGUUAAAUUUGGUAAGGCAUUUGGUCAUCACGUUACCGUUAUUAGCACAUCUCCGUUAAAGGAAAAGGAAGCUAGGGACCGUUUGGGAGCACAUGAUUUUAUUGUUAGCACCAAUCCUCAACAAAUGAAGGCAGGGAAAAGGACAUUGGAUUUCAUUUUGGACACUGUUUCGGCCCAUCACUCUCUUGGGCCUUAUCUAGAGCUACUCAAAGUUGAAGGGACCUUAUCUAUUGUGGGCGCACCUGAUAAGCCCAUUGAUUUGCCUUCAUUUCCCUUAAUAUUUGGGAAGAGAUCGGUGAAGGGAAGUAUGACGGGAAGCAUAAAAGAAACACAAGAGAUGAUGGAUGUAUGCGGAAAGUACAACAUUACAUGUGAUAUCGAGCUAGUUAAGACGGAUAAAAUCAAUGAAGCCCUCCUUCGACUUUCCAAGAACGAUGUUAGGUAUCGGUUUGUUAUUGACGUCGCUGAUAAAUCCCCACGACUUUGAAUCGGUGGAGCAACUGACAUGACCGAGUUUAGAGUUUGCUCACACUUUUCUUUAUCGUUUUUUUUUAUCUUGUUCAAACGUUGAGUAUGAAUUUGGUUGAAUAAGUUUAAGUUGGCGAGUAUUCUCAAUUAAUUUGUAUUACCUACUUUCUAAUAUCUAAAAAACGAAAGAUAAUGAUAUUGUGUUAUUCUUAAACUUUGGUUUUUUAAUUAAUUAAUUUAUGUUUGUGAAUCA